ACAAGUGGCGCAGCUGAUGAUGAUGAUUAGAUUAGAGAAUUUGAAAAUAAUGAUGUUGAUGAUCGACAUCAUCAUAUCGAUUUUGGGAGAUAAUCAAAAAUGUCUAAAAUUUAUCGAAUAUUAAGCCGAAAUAAUUAUUUUCUAUUCGAUGUUUAUAUAUUUUUGUCAUUAUUUACCUAUGGUAUCCAAGUAUUAGCAACGAGUUUAUUAUUACAGGAUAAAAUAUGUCGUUUACGUUUCAAUCAAACCAAAUAUUUCUGUCAACAUAUUAAUGAAGAUAUUUUUGUCGGCGCCGAUCAAAUUCACAAAGAUCAAAUUUUAGCUUCGGCUGCUCUGUUCAAUAAUUAUGGCAACCUUAUACAAGCCAUACCGAUGUUUAUUUGGUCAUUAUUUUUCGGAUCGUUUUUGGAUCGACAACCUGGUGCAACACGAAUGAUAUUCUCAUGGAUCAGUGUACUUAGCGUAUUAACCUCUGGUUUUUAUCUGAUAAAUAUUUUCUAUUUUUCUAUUGAUCCUUAUUAUUUAUUGCUGACUGGAAUAACAGCAUAUUUAACCGGUGGAAUGGCUACAUUUUUAACCGUCACUCAUCGUUUUAUGAUCAUCAAUACUGAUCCUGAUUAUCGUUCGUUGAGAUUUACUGUAUUUCAAAUUUAUUUAGUUGUUGCUGUAUCAUUGGGUUCAUUACUUGGUGGUCAUCUGAUUUGGCUCGAGACUGAUGAUGAGCAACAGCAACGGUUACGAAAUUAUCAUCUUAGUAUGUGGAUCGCUUUAGCUAUUUAUUGUGGUUUAUUCAUCAUGAUCUUGGUCAUUCGAAUUGAUCGUGAUGAAAAACUAAUAGAUUCAGCAGCAUCACAAAUUGAUGAAUCGAAUCCAGAAAUAAAUAUCGAACGAUAUCCAUCCGAAAACAGCAUGGACAUUGUUGUUGCUAAAAAUCAUCAUCGAUCUUCGAUAAACUAUGUUUGUCGUCAAUUUUUCGAUUUGGAGAAUGUUCGACAGACAUAUCGUUGUCUUAUUCAACCCCGAAUGAAUCAAAUUCGUGAACAAAUUCUAUUGCUUAUAAUAUUGUUAUUUAUGCAAUUCCUUAAUAGUUAUGGUAUGGAUUCAAUGUUUUUGCAAUUUGCACAGAAAGUUUAUCAAUUUGAUUCGAAAACCUAUUCCAAUGUUUAUACGUUGUCGAAAGUGAUACCAAGCCUUGGUCUAUUGAUUGGUUCGAAUGUCCUGAUCAAUCGUCUUAAAUGGAAGGAUGGUACAAUUUUGGCUUUAACAUUUUCAACCGGAUUUCUCAGCCAAUUAUUAAUCGGUACAUUUGCAAAACCUAUCGUCUAUCUGAUCGCAUUAGUUAUAGGAUCAAUUAGUGGAUUAUCAACAAUUGUAAUGAAAACAAAAAUUUCCAAACUAAUUCCUAAAGAUCAAGUGGGCAAAAUUUUUUCAGUCAUCUCAACAAUCGAAUCAUUAGUACCAUUCCUUGGAACGCUAAUUUUUUCAACAAUAUUCUCAGCUAGUGUUUCAACAUAUCCAACAUUGAUUUAUCAUGUUUCUGCUUUUAUCACUUUAAUCGGUCUAAUAUUGGCUUUAUUUCAAGAUUUAUAUUUUAAUUAAUCAAUCAAUCUUACUAUUUUUAUUUAAUCAACACAUAAUAAUCAAUUCUAUUCAUAAAAAAGGUCAUGCAUUUGCUGGCGAU